CGGCCCUCUCCCUCUCCUCUCCUCCUCUCCCCAUCGCAAACCCCUAAACCCCCAAAAAAUGGCGGCGCCGCCGGCCCACCUCCGCCGCCUCCUCCUGCCGCACCUCCGCCGCAACCGCCUCUUCUCCGCCCUGACCGACACCCCCUCGCCCCCGCCGACCGCCCCGACCUCAGACGCCAUCCUCUACUCUCGCUCCGCGGCCUCUCCAAGGACCCGCCGCAGGCGCUGUCCCUCUUCCGGCGCGCGGCGGCCGCGGGCCACCCGCUCGGCCCCGCGGCCUACAACCUCAUGCUCCGCACGCUCGCCUCCACCCCGGCCGCCGCGCGGGCCCACUUCUGGCCCUUCCUCCGCGACAUGGACGCCGCCGGCCACUCCGUCGACCAGGGCACCUACCUCGCCGCCCUCGCCUCCUUCAAGCGCGCCAGCCUCGCCACCGACUACGCCACCCUCUCCGCGCGCCUCGCCAAGUCCCGCGACGACCACGCCGCUCAGGCCGCCGCCGGCGGCACCCCCGUCACCUCCCUCGCCGACGCCGUCCGCGGGCUCGACCUCGACCAGCCGGGGGUUGACGAGGCGCUCGAGGAGAAGCUGGAGGGCGUCGCCGAGCAGCUGCUGCCGCUCACGGAGGCGGCCGUGGCCGGGGUGCUGCGGGAGGCGAGGGACGUCCCGGCCAAGGCGCUCGCUUUCUUCCGGUGGGCUGGCAGGCAGAACGGGUACGAGCACGGGUCCAUCGCCUACAACGCGAUGGCGAGGGUGCUCGGCCGGGAGGACUCGCUGCGGGAGUUCUGGGAGCUGAUCCAGGAGAUGAAGGCCGGCGAGCUGCACAUCGACAUCGACACCUACAUGAAGCUGUCCCGGCAGUUCCAGAAGCGCCACAUGAUGACCGAGGCCGUGGAGCUCUACGAGCUCAUGAUGGACGGCCCCUACAAGCCCGCGCAGCAGGACGGGCCGCUGCUCCUCCGGCGCAUCGCCAUGGGGCCGGAGCCCGACCUCGAGCUGGUGUACCGCGUCGUGAGGAAGUUCGAGGCCGUCUAUGAGUUCAAGACCAAGAAUGUGUUUGACGGGAUCCACAGGGCGCUCACCAGCAAUGGCAGGUUCGACGAGGCUGCGGAGAUCGUGGAGAGGAUGAGAGCCGCUGGCCACCAGCCGGACAACAUCACAUAUAGCCAGCUGGUCUUUGGGCUGUGCAAGGCCGCCAAGUGCGAUGAAGCUCGCCAGGUGCUCGAUGAAAUGGAGGCUGAGGGUUGCACGCCGGACCUGAAGACCUGGACCAUGUUGAUCCAAGGGCACUGUGCCGCCGGGGAGGUGGACAAGGCUCUGCAGUACUUGACAGAGAUGAUCGAGAAGGACUUGGAAGCAGACGCCGAUUUGCUGGAUGUGAUGGUGAAAGGUCUGUGCAAACAGGAAAAGAUUGACGCGGCUUACACUUUGUUUGUUGAGAUGGUGGACACUGCCAAGUUGAACCCUUGGCAAGGAACUUACAAGCAUAUCAUUGCCGAGUUGCUGAGGGUGAAGAAACUCGAGGAGGCACUGGGCCUUCUUAAAUCAAUGAAAGCCCGCAAGUUUCCACCUUUUGCAGACCCCUUCCCUUCAAACAUCGCUGAAUACGGGACGCUUGAGGAUGCCAGGGACUUUCUGAAGGCCUUGAAAGGAUCAUCUAAUAACUAUCCGCAGCCCCCUGUCUAUGUGCAGAUGUUCAAGGCAUUCUUUGCAGAGGGGAGAUACUCAGAAGCUCAGGAUUUACUCUAUAAAUGCCCCAUCCAUAUCCGCAGGCAUCAUGACAUCACCGAGCUGUUUGAACCAAAAAAAGUUCAGGCUACUGCUUGACUGAAGAACAAUAAAUUGUUGAGACGGACUUCCUGCGCGAUCGGAUGAAAACUAUGUGGAAGACGCUGCCUGGAAGGCAUAUCCGAUGUGGUGGUUUCUGACGGAGUUUGGCAUGAUAGGGAUUGGCAAUAGAAAGAAGUCAUAUGUUGAUAGGUAGAUAGAUAUGCUCCCUGCCUGGGAAGAUGCUUCGUGCAUCCCACGCGCUAGGACUAUUAUCUGUGGAAUGUUUAUCACAUGGGCAUCUUGAUAAUUUUAUAUAUCCUUUAUUAUACGGUUGGAAAUGUAACAGUUUAUAUUCUGGAAAGCGAGAGCACUUGGUUGCUGUCAAAUUUUUACAACGCCUUUGCUGCA